GUGUCGGUGACGGUUAGCCUCCGUGCUAACUCCGAGCUAAAGUUUCACUUUCUGACAGUCGGGGGUUAAACUCUCCGGAAUGAACAAGGCUUCCUGGAAAACGAAACCAGAAGCCGCCGCUGUUGUUUUCGACUCUCACUGGGACAUAAAUGACAACAUUUGAAACACUUUUCUUCGGAUAUUUCGCGGCGUAUGAAAGAUUUAAGCGCUAACCGCCGGGCACGCAGUUAGUUUUACAGCUAGCUUUAGCAGCUAGCUCCUACUGCUAGCAUGGACAGCAUGCAGAGUAAUGAGGAGAGGGGCGCAGAGAGACAGAUGGAUGACUAUCUGAAAUCUAUCGGUCUGCAGCGGAAGAAGAUCGCCAAAGACGGCUCGUGCUUGUUUCGGGCUGUCGCCGAGCAGGUAAAGGUGUAAAAACAAAGUCCUCCGAGUUUGUUGAAAGUGUUAGCUAACUGAGCUGGAGCAGAGCCAGGUGUGUUUGCUGUGAGGCAGCAGGUGUCUGAUGUUUGCCGAAUUAAAGUUCAGCAAAGAAAUGAGCUUUACAGAAAAGUUUACAACCAACGGUGAAGAUUUAAUAACUUUAAACCACGAAAAACUUCAAUUUGUGACUUUUUUAAACGGACUUCUGUCUGAAGAGGUGAAGUUGGAAGUUUCAGCUCAAUGAUGGUCUCAGACAGAUUAUCCUAAAUGUUUGUUUUCGUGUUUUUGAAGUUUGGAUGUGAAGUAUUCUACUCAUGGCUGAUCUGUGACCCUCUUCAGGUGCUGCACUGUCAAAGUCUUCACACUAAAGUCAGAGCUGAAUGUGUGGAGUUCCUGAAACAGAACAGAGAGAACUACGAGGCUGUAAGUCCACCAGAGACUGACUACAAACACACUCUGUUUACAGUUUAAAGGGAUAUUCCGGCACAAUUUAGGGUCAAACACUCUGUAACUCCACUUCUGUAGUCUAUAAACUGGACCAAGAAACUUCUACUGUAGUAAAAUGAAAAAGGUAAAGGUGUUUUUAUUGAGCCAAAUUAUCAAUAAAACCAUGAUUUUGUUAACAGGUAUGGAUAUUUGUGCUGUUGAGUUGGUAUAUGUGAACAAGAGCACAGUAAAGUUAAAUAAGCUAAUUUUCCAAUGAGGUUCUGUUACUGAAUAAAACUACACCAUGUUCUACUCAGUUUAGUACAUAUAGGGUCCCAGCCGUAGUACUAGACACCAAAUAUUUUUUUAACUUUGACUAAUUUCUUUAGCAAAGAGACUGAACACAACUCACCUACUUUCUUCCAGCAGUCGCUUGUUUGUAGCGAGACCUUAAGCCAGAGCAUUACGGACUACAGCGGAGUUUCGCAGCUCAACGAACAACAUUUAUGAUAAUUUCUUUAUCAUUUCCUUGAAGUAAUAAUCACCAUAUUAAUCAUUUUGCACUGCAGACGCGGUAGUUCUUCUGACUUAGCGUCUCAGUCUGAUUGUAUUUCCAUGAAAAAAUGAUCAUAAAUGUUCUUCCUUGAGCUGCGGCACCCCGCCGUAGUCCGUAAUGGACUGGCCUGAGGUCUCACUGCUGGAAGAGAGUAGGUGAGUUGUGUUUCGUCUCUUUGCUAAAGAAAUGAGUCAAAGUUAAAAAGAUGUUUUUAUAUUUAUCUAUAUUAUUCAUUUAUUCUUUAGUUCAUUCAUUUAAACAUAAAAAGAACCAAUUUAAUUUUAAUACAAACGUUCUCCUAUCUGGAAUGAAAGGGAGCAGAAAGAAGACUAAUCUUAUUUUUUCUGCCCCUUUAUCCCCAGAAAUCAAUUUACAAAGAACAAACUUUAAAUAAUGAAAUAAUUAAAUAAAAGAUCGGAUUUAACAAAAAAUCCGAAUUGUGCAUCGUAACCUGCAGUGUGAACGUAGCCGAAGUCGGAAUUGUUAGUUUUUGUCGAGUCUGUUCAGGAAUAUUUUGACUAUUUAUAGAGUUGUCAUGAUCCCAGAACUCUAAACUCAGGUAUUCAACCUGCAAAAGUCAAACAUGUGUCAGUACCACAGCAGCUAAAGGUAAACUCAGGCACUUGGUUUUACUGUAGCCCAGUUUGAACUAAACUCUUCAUUUAGUUUACACAACACUGAUACAGUCAGUGGAGCCCCCCUUUAUUCCUCCUGUAAGUAGGGAUAGAGAUCGAGACCCAAAUCCAUAAAAAACAAAGAUCUGCAAUUCACAGAAAUCCACAAAAUUUGAGUUUAGGAAACCCUCUCACAGAUGAGCUGAAUUUUCCACCCUGACGAAGUUUACAGUUUACACAAACCAAAUAAAUCACAACAUCAUCCUCAGAGCUCUGUGUGAGGAUGACUGUAAGGAGCAGAAAUGAAACUGAAACUUUUAGUGACUCUUAUCGUCGUAAAGCCUCACCCUGCUUUACAGCUCGGCUCUCCUUCAUUUUCCGGUCAGGUCAGGUUGAUAAUCUGACACAUAAAAAUAGUUUUGGCAUGACUUCAUGAUGUCCAUGUUGAUCCAGUUAUCAGCAGAGAGACGACAUUUACACCAUCAGGGCACAGAUUUAUAUUUUGUGUUUGCUUCUGUCUCUUAAAACGUCCUAUAAACAUCACAGUUAAACGUUUGUUUGUGUUUGUGCUUCAGUUUAUUGAAGGAGACUUUGAGGAUUACCUGUACAAGCUUCAGGAUCCACAGGUAAGAAUUUGGUUUACUUUGAUCACUGUUUAUAAAUGUAUAAGAAGCUGAUUUCAGUGCCCUGAUGUUUGUGUUCUUCUCUGUUUUUUUUAGCAAUGGGUGGGAGAGGUGGAGAUCAACGCGCUCGCCGUUAUGUACAAGUAAGAGACGCUUAUAAUCUGUGAAAAGAGGAGGAAGAUUAAUGUGUCUGAAAAGCCAAGGGACAGCAGACGUACAGUGACAAAGAGGCUAACCCUGAAUUUCCACAAAACAACAAAUUAUUACAAACGUUUAUUCUGACUUUAAUCUUUUUAUUUUGGGGGUUUUAUGGUCCUACAAGCAAGUCAACAAACAAUUACACUGAGGAAGGAAGAGAUAACGACAUAUGAUAACUCCUCUAAAGUUUCUCAUACUGUGUGUCCACUUCUGACCGAUCAGAUUGCGUGUUGUUGCGACGUCAGAUUCACCGGAAUAUCCAACAUGGCCGACCGGCUGAUUGUUCACGUGUCGGAGAACAGAGUGAUUUUUAAUAAAAAAACACAAAUAUUACAAAGAUAAUGACCUGAAGGACGACUUGUGGAGAGUCAUAGCGUCGGAUUUCUCAUAUGACGAUGGUUUGUGUUCUUUAACAGUUUGAUAAACGUCUUUGUUUGAACUUUCAUCUGUGCUAACGUAAGCUAACGGUUGUUACCAUAAUUUCAUGUGCUUAUCUUAUCACCUCUGAUUGGCUAUAAGUGCUGAUGAAGUUUCCAGCUUUUCUAGCCAAUCAGAGGCGAAGGAGGCGGGACGUUCCCCGGGAAUACUCUUCCCCAGGAUGCGUCUUUUUCCCCCUGGAAAGUCGCAAAAUCGCAUUGGGCUUGUUGUGUAUAGUCAGGCGCGUCAAAAUUCACUUCUGAAUAUUUUGUAAUUUCGCAUUCUAUAUUCGCGUCGGACCCGGUGUGUUAGGACCUUUCCACUGCAGACGCGUUUGUUCUUCUGUCUUAGCGUCUCUGUCUGAUUGUAUUUCCAUGAAGAAAUUAUCAUAAAUGUUCUUCCUUGAGCUGCGAAACUCCACUGUAGUCCAUAAUGGAAGAACUGAAAAACACUCAGUCUGCUGUAGGGUCAGUCUUCUCGCUUCCACCCAGGACGGGUCUUUUUUUUCCCCCCGGAAAGCCGCAAAAUCGAAUCGCGCUUGAUGUGUACAGUCAGGCGCGUCAAAUUCGCCUGCGAAUAUUUCGUAAUUUCGCGUCGUAUAUUUGCGUCAUUCCCGGUGUGUAAGGACCUUUAGUCUGACGGUGUUACAGAAAACGUCCAAACCACCAAACUCCAUCCCAAAAAUCAUGAUUUUAAUCACACAGACGCAGAAGUCGUCGGUUUGUUGCUUCCUAGUUGUAUUUUUGUUCGUGUUUUUACUCACAAAUCCGACACCACAACCCGACUUCAAUCAACCUCUCUAAAGGAGGCGGAGGCAGACCGGCGAAGUGUGUGUGUACGUUUCUAUUUAGAGUUCAGAGUUAGAUGCUGAUGAGUCAGAGAGGCUUCAUCAUCAGCCCUGACCCACAUGUUUCACCUCUCUCUGGGUUUGUGUUUGUGUUUGUGUAGGAGGGAUUUUCAGAUCUUUCAGGAGCCUGGAAGACCUGCUGUCAACAUCACAGACAACAACUUCAAGGACAAGGUGACACCGAACGCACCCAGACUGAAUCUUAAGAGCAAAGUCGACAUUUAUUAAACUCAGAACAGCAGAAAGCCUCUGAUAACGGUGAAACAGUUUCAGAUGUUUUUGCUUCGAUGAGGUUUAAAUCGUUACUUGUUUUGGAGUUCAUAUUAAACAGCAUUUCCAUCAGCUUCUGCAGAAUCAAACACGAUCUGUUUACACUUGAAACGCAAAAACUCUUAAAAUGGACCUGUCACGAUGACGUGUGUGUGUUUUUGUGUGUCUCAGGUGCGGUUGUGUUUCCUGAACGGGAAUCACUACGACAGUGUUUAUCCCGUUAGCCGCAUAAAGAACGCCGCUCUCUGCCAGUGUGAGUGUUUUAAGUUUCUCAAACUGGGGCUCCAGGCCCCUAAAAAAGUCCACAGAUACAAAGAACAAAACCAGUAAUGAUCGAUAACUGUACCUUAAAGCUCCAGUGAGCGGCUCUCAUGGAAUUUAACUUGUAAAACAAAUUCAUCUGUUUGUCUAAACCUUGUGCGUAUGGGUGUGUCCCUUUUAGCCAUCCUGUUCGAGCUGCUGUACGACGAUGUCUUCAAAGCUGACAAGAGUUCACUGGGCGUGUGUCAGAAGGGGACGACUCGACCCCGCGACCCGCUCAUUGACGACAACAUGGUGACCUGCGCCAGCAGUGAUGAGUCUGACGUCGACGCUGGAGAGCCAGUUUGGUAAACAACCUGUGAACAAAUCCAUAAUCCAGAAGCCUUAAUUAGUUUUAAAAGAAUCUAUCUAAGUUUUGUUAAAGGUGGGGUAGGCAGGAUUCCGUUAAAAGAAAAUCUAAAAACAUCUGAACUGUGUUUUUUUAUUUUUUAUAAUGCAGGGUGGAUAAUGGAACGAGCACGACGGCUCCGAGACACAACAACAGGGUAAAACACGCUGACAAAUACUCUCAACCUCUGAUUCACUCCUGCAGAUUUACUGAAUUUUACUGAUUUCACUCAACAACUCUGUUCUCGUGUUUGGCUGACAGGGCCGCGGACGAGGUCGCGCCUUGUCAGAGAGGGUGUGGCGUUCGCUGAACCCGACUCUGCUCAGGAACAUCGAGUACGACGUCUGGCUUAAAACAAAGCGAGGUGAGGGUGGAAGCAGAGGAAACAGACUGAGUCCUGGUCAGACUUUGAGCUGCUAUUCGGGUAAAAUCUCAAGGUUGAAGAUGUGCUGAAGGGUUAGGAGACUUCUCAAUGUGUUUUUGAAAGAAAACAUAGAUGUCUGAAGGUAGUUUUAGGUUUAGCGUUUGGAUAAGAAACACAAAACCGUCCCUCAGUCCUGUUGUCAUGAAUCCAGAUAUGAGAAAACUUAUUUCUGUAGCAGACUGUAAACAGGUUUUAUUCUGCUGUAAAGUUUUGGCCAUUAACAUGGGGGUCUGUAGGGAUUGACUCACCACUGGACUCAGCCUCUAGUGGCCAAAUGAGGAACUGCAGUUUGUGUGAUUUUCACAGUAGCUUCAGAUUGUAACACCAGAGGUAGCUCUUGCGUCUAACUGGCACAGUCCUUUGACCUGUUACCCACCGCAUCCGUAACGAAUACGAAAAGGUCGUAUCCUCUGAUCGUAGCUGAUCGUAACCAUUCAAGUUAACGUGUCGAUUUCCACCGGCAUCUUUCCGUCCCCGCUGCGGAUCGCCGGACUCCACAGCUGAUUGCAAGAGUUCUAUUUUUUCUGGACGCCGGCGCAAGGAAUUGGCAGACGGCGAAAAUCACAGCUGUUCCACCUGCGGUGGAAAUUAGGAGUGUAUUGUAUGUUGUUGUCUCUUCCCUCCUCUGUGUCCUUGUUUGUUCACUUGAGAAUAAGGUUAAAGUUAGAAUAAAUUUUUGUAAUUUUUUGUUUUUUGAUGUUUUUUUUCAGCUCAACAGAAGUUGGAUUAUUCCAUCGCCGCAGGGAUGCAGUUUUCAGUAGGAGAUCGCUGUCAGGUGCGUGUGAUGUGUUCAGGGUCCUCAGUUAAACUCGGUUUCCUUAACUGUAGUUAUAUCAUGAUGUUUAACUUUGUGUGUUUCGUCUGUAGGUUAGUCUCGAGGGGAGUGGGCGGAGCUACAAUGCAACCGUCAAGGAGGUUCCUUCGGACAAUGGCCUGGUGACGGUUUUUGUAGAAGAACUGGGCAAGAGGUAGAUCAGACUUACACACACACACCUUUAGAUUUAAAAAACAAUCACAUUGGAGAAGUGAGGGGCUGACAGGUGUGUGUGUGUGUGUGUGUGUGUGUGUAGACAGUGUGUCCCUCUGUGGCGUCUCCGUCCCUGUGAUGAGAACAGCUGGAGUACGGUGGUGAACCGGGACAAGAAACUCAGCAACGGACACGGAGGUAUAAGACACACACACUCGCACAAUCACACACUCACACACAUACACACAGUCUUGUCGAGUAAACUCUCCUCCCCUCCUCAGAUUGGGAGGAGAAGGGGAAAGGUAAAGGCAGGGGGAAACACAUCCCGGUAUCCUCAUCUGUUACCACGGCGACCGCUCAGGGCUCCAGCGGGCGCGUGCAGAAACAGCACUCCUGGCCCUCGCAGGCGAACGCGGAGGAGGGAGGAGCCAAACCCAGCCGGUCAGUGUCACUUUUUCUUCUUGAAGUGUUUUGAUCGGAGGGAGUCUUCUUUGUUCUCGAAAGACACGCAGACGUCAAGUUUUCAAAUAUUCAUAUUCUCUUAUUUUUCAGGAAGUCUGUGAGUUCGGUGGACAAGGCGUUCGGUAUAACAGAGGAGCAGCGUUUGGCCAAAGAGGAGGAGAAGAUGAACGUGGCGUUGGUGGAGAUCCAGCUGAGAGACGAGAACAGCUUUCCCGCUCUCGGGGUCAGUGAAGACAAACUCAAUAUUUACUCAACUUCAAACUUAAAGGUGGGGUAGUCAGGAUCUGAGGAAGUUCCAGUUUUUAGGAGAAAUCUUGGAUGUAAACUCUACCCCUCCCAACCAGUUUUCCCCUCAAGCCCCGCCCACAAACAGACGCUCCUGCUCGUUCCAAUCAAAUUCAGAUAUAAUGCAGAUAAAUCCUUCAGAUCAUUACAAAUGGGGCCCAGUCAAGGUGAAAGUCAAAAGCAUUGGUGCUACUGUAGAUGCCAACAGACUACCAGCAAACACAAUGUUUGCAGGACUUCUACAACGAGGAUAAAGUGACAUAGUCCAGGACCCGAGGGAGGACAGUUUAGCGAUGGCGCUACAACACGCUACAGCAGGUCCGUUUGACAAGAAACACUUCUGUUACAGACACUUGUCUUACUUUGUUAAAGCGGUUUACCUGUCCAGCAGAAAGGUUACAGGGUCACCAAGAUCCCCAAGCGUCCCCCAUGGUUUAUGUUGACCCGGCUUUUUAGCUCUUGUCCGGUCUACCUCCGUUUUAAGCGCCCGUUAUUCCUCCAGAGUCUCCGGUAUUUACUUUGUUUUCUUGCUUGUGUCGGCAGUCGUGGCCAAAGGAGGAUUCAGACAAUUUUCCGAACUUUCUGGUUGGUUUCUACUGUCCGAUAUUGUAGCACGCUAACUUUGUUUGGGCUCGUGAACGACACGGGGGAGCAGCGUCUGCCUCACAACCAAUCAGGUUAGAGGAGGUGGAGAACGGCUUUGUUUACAGUCAGAAGAAAGGCGUAGUUUGGGUGUUUAUGUGACCUUUAUCAAAGUGGAAAUAUUUGGAAUAACAGAAAAUAAGUCCCUUAAAAUAAGCUAAGAUGUAUUCUGUGUUUCUCACUCACAGGCUCAGUCUGGAAGUCAAGGUGAUGGAGGGAGGAAGAAAGGAGCAGAGAAAAGACGAUCUCAGAGGAACAAGACGGUAAGAUAAUUCAAUGUUUUUGUCUUUAAACAGAAUUAUUUGAUCAGCUUUAAACUAUCUUUAAAAGUUCAACCAGCAGCUUAUUACAGCUUAAAGUCAACACUAUGAAAUGUUUUCACAGAAGAGUCCAGUUGAAGACAUCAGAGCUCUGUCGCCCUCUUCUGGAGAAAGACCCAAAUCCUCCUCCCCACCUUUAACAACUACUGCUACUUCUUCUGCAAAUACCGCAGAAACCACUACUCCCACCACAAAACCUCGUGCAGCCCCUCCUUCUGCAGACUCUGAUGCCGCCCCUGCCUUCCCGAGCUCCCACAAGGCUUCAUCACCAAGUGCACCUUCCUACGCCUCGGCUGCAGCGGGUCCACCUGUUUCUCCUACAGCUGCAGCUGCUGGGCCAGGAGGUGCCGUCCCAUCUUCUGCCUCUCUUUUCUCCUUCAUCACUCCCGUCCUCCCUCCUGCUUCUUCACCCCCAACUUCCCACGCCCCGUUCUUACCCUCACUGCCACCCUCCUCUUCCUCCUCGGCUCCUGCACCUUCAUCAGUAUCUACUCCGACCUUUAUCGCUCCCAUCGCUCCUUCACCUUCCGUUGCCCAGGGUGCCCUCCAUCCUUCCUCUCUCUCCCGCUCCUCCACUCCUGUUUCCCCUCUUCCUCACUCCCCUAGUCCUCCCCUGGUCUCCUCGUCCCCUCUAACUCAGACUGGAGCUCAAAUCCCCCAGAACCAGACCCGUUUGCCUCAGGUUGAUCCUCAGAUGUGUCCGCCUCAAAACCAGGAUCAUAUCUCAGAGUCCCAACCAAUUGUAUUUACCCAAACCCCACUCUCACUGCCUCACAACCAGUCCAGAGUCCAGACCGCAGUAAGUGAAAACCAACCAAACCAAACCCCAUUAACCCAAGAUCAGACCCAAAUCCCAACCUCAUUAACCCAAAAACAGACCCCACCCGUCCAAGACCCGGCUGAAAUCCAGACGCCAUUAAUCCAAAACCAAACCCAAAUGCAGACCCCAUUUGCACAAAACAAGACCUUGCCUUUUCUGCCCCCAAACCAGACCCAGUUAACCCAAACCCAGACCCCAACAAUCGGAAACCACGCCCAAAUCCACACCUCAUUGACCCCAAACCAGACCCUUCUUUCUCUGCCCCAAACCCAGACCUGUACACCCCAGCUCCAGUCACAAUCCCAGCCCAACACUGAAGUGACCCAGAUCCCCACCACGGUCCCCCAGAUUUCUGCCUCACACCCUCUCCCCCAUUACCCUCCACAGUCUGAGCCUGAGGAGGUCCAGGAUCAGUCCUCCUACUCCCUCCCACCCCAGGCCCCAGUUUCUGUCCCUCAGCCCCCUGUCCCCCAUCCUCAACCCCAUGUCCAACAUCCUCACCCCUCCCAGGUUCCAAACCCUUCCUCUCAGACUCAAUCAGAGUCUCCUCCUCAUCCCGCUCCCCAGCAGUCACACCCGUCUCACCCCUCUCAUCUCCCUCAGUCACUUCCAGCACACCCUCCUCCCCUCUCUUCUCAACCCUCGUCCAUCCCCGGUACUGUCCCCCUGGAGCAGCUGUCUCAGCUCUACCAGGACCCGCUGUACCCUGGGUUUCCUCAGGGGGAGAAGGGCCAGCCUGUUCCGCUUCCCCCCAUGUCUACCAGCCGAUCAGGGGAUGAUCUGCCACAAGGUUAGCUGCACCAGAAACAAUGCCAUUGUUUCUUCCUUCUUGGUUGUUGUUGCAAAUGUGUCACAUGGUACUACCUGAACUUGGCUGAUGUUGCUGAAAUUUGACCAAAACUUUAUUUACUUUUCUCCUUCUGCAGAUAUCAACGUCUUGAGAUUUUUCUUCAACUUGGGUGUCAAGGUAAGAUUGGAAACUUUUUUUGGUUAUGCAGAAAUUAGCUGUAGCCUGUGUGAAGCUGAAUUAGCCCACCAUCAACCUGCUAGGACUUCAGAUGUACCUGUGACCCGGGAUUUCCACUGUGUCCAGAACGGCUCAGAUCCGGAACGGCAGCGAUUUUUGCGGUACGCCAGUUCCUUCUGGAUCUGUUUGUGAGGCGAACUUUGUGGCGGAUUAAGGACAGCAGGAAUCACGAGAACUCAAUAACAAGUUGUCUUUAGCCACAUAGGCUAACUAUAUAAGCAGUAGAUUGUGUCCUUCGAGAGGAGGAAAUCUGCUUCUAGACUUCUAGAAUCAGCAUUUCUUCAUCCAUGGUGUCAUCAGGUUGAUAUGACGUCUAUAAACCUUUCACUUGUUUGUCUCCGCCCGUUUGCAUAGUGGGAAAUACGAUCCUCCUGAAACACGGAGUGUUUUAUUUUGAAAAGAAGCCGGAUGUUUUAUUUUAUGUCUGUGCCCGACUUCCUUUUCAGCACGGGUUAAUCUGUGCUGAAUUUAUCCAUCAUGUUCUGGCGUCUGGAAAAACUAGAACUGUUGCAAUCAGCUGCGGGGUCCGGCAAUCCGCGCAGAACGGAAAGAAACUGGUGGAAAUUGACAAAUUAACUUGAAUGGAUACGAUCAGCUAUGAUCGGCAGAUACAGCCUUUUCGUAGCCGUUCCGGAUGUGGUGGAAAUUUGGGGUGAGCCUGUUUUAAGUGAGACCCGUAUGUAAAAAAAGUACCAAGAAGAGGCUUGGACUAAUACUUCUCCUACAGCUCACAAUUUGCACCCUUGUCUUUUCUCCAAGGUCUACUCCAUGCCCAUGUUCCCCCCAUAUGUCUACCUCUUCCCCCUCCAACAGGCCCACGCCAUGCACCCCAAAAUGCCCUCUCGCUCUCCCUCGCCCUCCCCAAACCCUCCAUACCCUCCUUCCAACCCUCCACCCAGGCCACAGGAGCACUACCCUCAAUACCCUCCUAACUCUGCAUCGAUGCACCCUCAGUACGACCACCAAGCCCCGCCAACCGAGCCCCCCCAUUCCAGUGAACUCUCCUACCCCCAUAUACCCAGAUACCCAGUCUCUCAACAUGCACCACACAGGAUGCCGCCAACAUGGCAACAGCACCAAAUGCCCCCAAAUUUUUCAGUUGGGUAUUCGUCCCCAAAUCCAACAUAUGCAGCUCCUCCACCCAUUUCUCAGGCUUACCACCAAAGUCAGAGCCCAGGACACCCGUUGUACCCUCCAACUUUGCCCCAGUAUCCACCUUCCUCCCUGGGAUAUCAGUCAUCAUCUACCCCUGAGGAGGUCCAAGGGAGCCAGGGUACCAUGGAGCAGCAUCACCCAUCCAAUGGAGACACAGUUCCUAGACAACAUCUUGUCCAUGCCACAAGUCUUCUUGGAAAUCCUCCUACUGCAAAUAUGGCCAACAACAACCUGAUUCCUAGUUUUGGUACGUGGCACCAAAAUAAAAUACAGAUUCUUUUCUCUAGAGAAAGCUGAAGUGAAACCUUUAAAUAAGACGUUUUUCUCUCCCAUCAGCCCACAUGAAGGAGCAUGCAGAGAAUUUAACCAGAGCAAUGAUGAUAGGAGAGCAACGCAACAGCAAUCCUCUGGUAUGAAGAAUGAACACACAAACACAAAUAUGGUUUUCAUCUUCAGAGCAACACAAACUUGCAAGUGUUUUUCAAAGUUGAUCUACAACCUCAGUUUGUUUAAGGGAUAUUCCGGCGUAAAUUUAAUCUAUAGUUAAACACACCGUAACACGCAUUUAGACACACCGUCGAGAGAUGAAUGUUGCUGACCGCUUGCUUCUCUAGUUAUACCAACUUUAGCAAUGACCACACCUUUAAUGAUUUAUACUCGCACUGUGUGAGCACAAGAACACACAACGUUAUUUUCGACUUGUUUUGAGUCUUAAACGAGCGCAUCAAAUCCUGGAAUCCUCUUAUCCAUUAAUAUACAUGGUCCAUAUAGCGAGUGGCGCGGAUAACGUAAUGUAAUGUGAACACAACAGCGUACUCCCUUGAGCGGCAAGAGAGUGGGGGGGAUCAGCGAAAAUCUUGGUUGAGGUUUAUUUAUGGCUCCUCAGACCGCUGUGUAUUGCUAUCCUGCGUUAGUCACUAAAGUUGGAAUAACCAGAGAAGCAAGCGGUCGGCAACAUUCAUCUCUGGAGGGGGUGUCUAACUCGGUGUUAUGGCAUGUUUGACCCUAACUUAACUUUACGCCGGAAUAUCCCUGUAACAGCUGUUUAAGUGGUGUAGCGAUGUUGUUGAAGUAUUAAUGUUUGUCUUUCAGAUGAUGUCAAACCUAGGUGAUGUACCGGUCUCCUCAACAACCAUGAAAACCAACAGCACACCUGUCCCUCUUGCACCUUAUGAAAUUAUCUCUACAACUGCCACUCCUACUAACAACAACCCAUCUUAUGGUUUCCGUGGCUACGCAAAACCACUUAAUCCCAAUCCCAACACUUUCGUCCCACUCGGGGUACCAGAACCCAAACAGACGGAUUACCUGUCCAUGCCGGCCAUGUCUGUCGGGUGUAGUACGGAGGACGACCUGGAGGAGCAGCCGAGUUUCAAAUCGGCACAAUACAGAGGACCGAGAAGGGGGAGAGGCGGGAGAGGACGGGCAAGUCAUAGUUCAGGGAGGGGAGCCAACAGGAGGGGAUAUGGAGGAGUAGGUGAUUCAGGGCUGGGGAUUGGCAAUGUUCAGUUUUUCCCCUCCCAUAGGGGGAGGGGCCGGGAGAGAGGAUACUAGUUCUUAGCCAGUGAGGUGUGAUGACACAGAAAGCUGGUUUCUGUUUGCUGUUUUGGUUUUGUUUGUUCCCCCAGAGUUCGUUUGGUUUGAACCCUGAUACAGUCGGACAUGUUUAACUUCUUCUUGAUGUCCUUCGUUCUUUGUGUAUAAUUGCUUUUUCGUUACCAUCCUGAAAGCUGAUUGGUCAGUCCAGCUGUUCCAAAAAGCUGCCUCACACGAACAAUCAUCUCAGCAAAAGGCUCUAAGUGUAAUUGGUGAAACACUCUUUUCUUUCAUGACUUAGCUAGUUUGCUAGCAUAGCGUGUUAGCGAGUGCUAGCAUAUCUGUCAAUUGACCAUUGUCAGCUGUUGAAUGUAUGGAUUUUAAGAGUCCGUGUGAAGUUUAUGAUGAUUGUAACUGUGCUUAGUUUAAGCCGCUUAGGGUUUGUUGCUACGUCGAUGUAAUGUCUGAAAAAUGUCCGAAAUUGAAAUUCAAUGACUGUUGCCUUUUUGCUGCGCUUCACGAAGCAGCCGAUACCGCCGCUUACACUAAAGCUAGGGCCAGGAAGGAGUUCGCUUACUUAGCGUGAAGACUGAAAAUGACAGAAACCAUUUGGUGUAGCCGUUAAAAUCAGUAACAAAUAGUUGUAUGUUUCUUAUUUCUACUAUUUAUGCUAAAUUAAGCUAACUAAUUCAGGCUGAAGUAAAAUGUUAAAAAAAAAAACUUACUAACAGUAAUGUUAUCAACAUAAACAUUGACUUUUACUUUCAACCCAAACAUUUGCCGCUAAAAUUACAAAAUCUAAAAAUAACGGCUAGCGAAAAUACAGCCUAGCAUAAAGGUCGUAGACCAAAGGAAACGGCUAGCUUGUUUGGAUGAAAUCAAUACAAAAUCCAAAAACCUGUAUUUCUUGUAAAUUCCAGGUUUGACAUCGGGUUCAGCAGGAAGUUCCUAUUGUCUUACGACAUUACGCUAGGUCACAGCCAUAGCUUCGUAUUAGCCGCGCUAACUUAAUAGAUGAUUAGUUUAUGUAUAACAAUACAUCAAGAAAUGUCGGGGCUUAUGCUGCAUUCAAGUUACCUCGGAAGUCAGAAGUCCAAGCUGAAAAUGACGUCACACCCGAGUUUUCAGCGUUUCAGUUACCAAGUCGGAAAAAAGCAAAAUUGGAAACAAGAUGCCUACAUUUGCAAAAGUUAUUUUCGGACGAGGCAAGCGCGAAAAUAACUUUCAUAGAUGUAGCCAUCUUGUUUCAGGCCUCUGAUUUUCCUUUUUUUGACUUGGUAACUGAAACUCUGAAAACUCGGGUGUGACGUCAUUUUCAGCUCCGACAUCUGACUCCUGAGGUAACUCGAACACAGCAUAAGCCCUGAAAUUUCUUGAUGUAUUGUUAUAUGUAAACUAGCAUUAUUUUUGCCAUAAUAAAGUCAAAUUUCAGUCUCUGUAGCAUCCCUCUAACUAAGCUAAGCACACAAGAUAAGUAUUUGACAAUUAAAGUCAUCUAAGCAAUUGAGAAUAAAAACUCUUAUAGGACAACAGUCUAACAAUCUAACAUUAAAAUUAAAAGACUUUGAUGAACUUUUUCUUGGUUGCAUGACAAAGACAAAACCGCUCUGAGGUGUUUAUGCUAAUUUUGAAGCUCUGGUGAGAACAAGGUUAGUUUGACUUAACAUUAAGACUGCAAACAGAAGCCUAAUUAAUAGGAAAUGCAGAACCCGCACACCUGUGCGUUUGUCACUUCACGGUUUGACCUUGUGUGUCAGCUAAGCUAGCUGUUUGCCCUUGUUUUGGGAUUUUAUGCUAAUUCACGCAAAUUGCCUCAGGCGUUAACUCAUGCGAUUUUUAGGCUACAUUUUCACACUGAAUUUAAAUUUCGGUGAGUUAGUGCUGUGUUGCAUGGCAUCGAGACCUGAAAACUAAUUUUUUCUACCCUUUUUCCAUAUUUUUGGCUUCACUUCGUGUUGUGUUCCGUGCUAGUUUUUUCCCCUUAGCUUGUGAUGCUUAGCUAGGCUAAUUGCAUCAGGCCAUGGCGGCGUUUUAGUGAAUUUGUGACAAUAUUACCUAAAUUGUUGCAUAAGUUUCUAAAAAAAAAAAAGCUAGAGGGAUGCCAGAAAGACUUAAGUUCAAAACUGUGUUUAAAAGCUGAGGCUAAAUACGCUAACAUUUGAUCUUUUAUUGAAAUUAUUUUUACUUUCACCAGUUUUCACGCAAAACUAGAACGUUAACCUUUGCUUCAAAUAUAAAUAACAUUUGAUUCUGAGAAGAAGUUCCAAACUUCAGAGUAUUUCUCAAAUUUAUUUAAAGCCAAAUUUUGCACUCCUUAGUAUCCCUUUAACAUCGCAAAGCAAAUAAAAAAAAACCUUGGCAUGUCCAUUACGUGUUUGACAUUUAAAUAUAUUUAAGCAAAAAAAACAAAAAAACCCAUAAAAAUAUCUUUUCGCACUGUGAGCAAAAAUCAAAAUGAGUGGAUAAAAGAACAAAGUAGAAAUAAAUCUAAAGUUUUUUCUCAGAGAUGCUUUAAAAAUUCUAAUCUGUAAAUACAAGAUUGGGUUUCGAAGAGUCGGGCUCUAAAAGCUGUAUGCACUCACUGUCUUUAGGUUUUUGUUGAUUUCUCUGUCUUGUCGCCGUCUUGUUGUUCUGUGUCGUUACGUUUGAUCAAUUGGAAAACUUUCGGGAGUCAGUCAGUGCCUUACGUUUGCUACUUUUACUUAUUUCUCUUUCCUGAGUAUGGGAAGCUGCUGUACAGAACAAAAAGCUGUUUUUCUGUGUUGGAUUUUCUAAGCGGUUGAAUUAAUAAAAAAUUUUGGUUUAAAAA